UACAUUUAUUAUUUUUCUCUCAUCAAUCUCAAUAUUUCAUAAUAACAAAAAAGGGUUUUUAUAAAUUUUUUAGACAGUAUUGUGUCGAAGCCCAGAUCUGGGGCUUUUCUCUAGCAUUGAAGAUACCUAGACUUUUCUCUAGCAUUGAAGAUCUCCAAGAGCACAGCGACCUCCAUCAUUUUUAAAGGAAGGACAUUUGUAACCACCAACACUCCUAGAGCUAUCCGUCCGGACAAACUGACCAAUCAGGUGAGAAGGGCCUUGAUCAGGGAGGUGGCCCCAGAACCGGAUGGCCAAUCUGAUAGAGCUCCAGAGUUUCUGUUUCGAGAUGAGAGAACCUUCCAGAAGGACAAACAUCUCUGCAGCACUCCAUCAAUCAUGUCUUUAUGGUAGAGUAACCUGACUGAAGCCACUCCUCAGUAAACAACACAUAGCCUUGCCUGGGGUUUGCCAAAGGACCUAAACGACUCUCCGACAAUGAGAAACUAGAUUCUCUGGUCUGAAGAGAUGAAGAUUGAAAUCUUUGGCCUGAAUGGCUUGUGUCAUGUCUGGAAGAAACCAGGCACUGCUCACCCCUACACUGAAGAGUGGUGUUACCUGCAUAAUGCUGUGGGAAUGUUUAUCAUUGGCAGGACUGGGAAAACAGUCUACUGUAAGAAGUGUAGGGGUUGAAAUACUUUCCGAAUGCACUGUACAUUUAUUUGUACCAUUAUUGUACCAGGUAUGUGUGCUAAGCACAUUCUUAUUUACAGCAAUUACCUGGAAGCAAUUAGGAUUAACUGACUCCCUCAGGAACAGAAUGACUGGUUUUACUUUGUUGGCUUCAGUAUUACAACCAGUGACCUUUAGAUUACUGGUACAACUUAAUUCCAACUAAAAUGAUGAGGGCUGCAACCUAUGUUUUUUAAAUAGUCCUAAAAUAGAACCUAUGUUUUUCAAAUUAUCCAAUUUGGUCAAGUUUACCCACCAUGGUUACCGCUGUUCAGAUCUCCUGACUGCACCGUGUGGUCGUAGUUGUUAGGGUCAGAGGUUAAGUUCUAGCAUUGGUCUGUCCUGAUGGACUCCUGCUGCAGUCCCUCUAGCGUUUCUCUGCUAAUGGCCUUGGGAAUGAGAGGUGUGUUUGUGUCCUUUGGGACGUGUACUUAAUGCUGAGGGUGUGUAUCUAAAUGAGUUGUGUGAAGUGAAGGAGGCUGAGGGUUGUUAUGGCUUGGUGGUUCCACCGCGGUCUGCCACAAGUCACAACAGUUCUAGACAGAUCCUAAAUUAGUGAAGUUCAACAUUGUGAUUGAUUAUCAGGUCAAGACACUGAGACAUUGUUAUCUGACUACUGGUCUGGAGCAGACAGGGAUUAGUGAGGAGAUUAGGCUCACUUCAACCAUUGCAUUAGUAAGAUUGCAUCAAUCAUUUUUUUUUUUGUACUAUUGUUUUCUGUGACGAUCUCAUCAGGUCCAGCUCACCACUGUCUUAUUGUGGGCUAUGCUCUGAAUAAAGAUUUAGUUGUCUCUUUUGAAAAGUGUCACCACCUUUUUUUAGGAUUGGGGGGUUGGCUUAGCGACUCAGGUCUCACUAAUGUUCAUAAAACAGUCUCUCAUCACUUCGUUGUGAGUCCUGUCUGGUGGCGUGGUCCCCCAGACUGAUGACAUGGGGCCCUUUGGGCUACCAGGCUUCAGUCGUCCCGUCUGCCUGGCCCCGAACAGACUACUCACAUGGCUGGACAACUUUGGGACAUCCUAGCCUGUGGGGCCCAACCUGGUCUCCCCCUGUAUCUACCCAUAGCCCUCACCAGGGACCAACGCUGACCCUUUAGGACACAGCAGUACCCCCCCACACCCCAAAUCCAGCAGUUUGUUCCUGUCUGUCAGCAGCCUGCGUCUAUAAAGCCAGUGUUAUCUGGAGAGUUAAGUGCAGCUCACAGACUGCAGGUCAGCUCCGAGCAGACCAGUAGAGACACCCUGUUCUGCUUGGCCCUCUAACCCCCUGCCCUGCCCCUUGCCUUGGCCACGCUGCACACAGGAAGUCCCUAGCAGACUCAGAGCCUCCGGACACUCUGUCUGGACCUACCAAGACCUGGGCCUCCAGUCCAGGUGUUAAUGCAGGGAGACAUCAGCAUAAGAACUCUCCAGUUUGUCAGAAGUCCUGGACUAUCAGACGUAUAAUGUUGUUGUCUGACCAGAUCCUAUUACUGGCACACUCCCCUAGUCUACUUCCCUCCGAUCCACACUUCUCACUCAAGUUCUAGUUUACUUCCCCCCGAUCCACACUUCUUCCACUGCUAAUCUAAUUUGAAGCUGUGCACUCCUCAGGUUUGGAGGAAUUAAAGGCAAUUUGAGAGGCUUAUAGGAAAUGCACCAUGUUUGAUACUGUAUAUUUGUUUAUUAACCUCAAAUACAAAACAUUCAGUCAAGGUAAUCCAUAUAUUAUCGGAAGGGUUAUGUUAUAUGGUUAUGUUGUUAGGUUUCUUCUUAGUUACAAAGACAUGGUAUAGUAUCUGUUUAGACACUGUCCCCAUUUCUGAGCUCCAGACAAUGACCAGUCCAAAAAGCUCUCUUCGGCCUAUCAGCUUCUCUCAGACCUAUCCUCUUCCCCUGACAUGCUGCAGAUCAUUAACAUCACCACAGCCUUGGUUUUAGACCCAUAACAUCACCACAGCCUUGGUUUUAGACCCAUAACAUCACCACAGCCUUGGUUUUAGACCCAUUACAUCACCACGGCCCUGGCUUCAGACCCAUAACAUCACCAUGGCCCUGGCUUCACACCCAUAACAUCAAGGCCUUGCCUUCAGACCCAUAACAUCACCACAAGGCUGGUCUCUUUAUUUGUAAUUCCGGAUACAUGGCUGCAGGAAGAUGAUUGGACUAAGCUGAUUUGGACCAAAUGCGAGUCUGUAAGCAACAGAUCUGGAUUAAACAUGCCCAUCAUAGACAUAAUCUAUGGUGCCCAUCGGCAGUUGUGGUCAGGUGACCUGCGCGGCGCCCAUUGGCAGUUGUGGUCAGGUGACCUGAGCCCAUCUACGUGGCGAAAGGCUGAGAAUAAUAAUUUUAAUACUGCACAAAUAACCAAAAUAUCAGGCUACACGGAAAAUCGAAGCUCAAAUUUUUCAAUAUGUUGUGAUGAUGGUCUUUACAUCUUCGAUGUAGUAAGCGCUGGAAGAGUUGCCCGUAAUUUUGCUGUCUUGAUUCAAAAUCGCAUUUUACAUCACCUAUCAAAACUACACAUCAAAACAUUUCCACAUGGCAGCCUUUACGGAGUUCUAUAUCGGAUCACUUUAAUUUGACACAUGUAUUUAUUUGCCAUGCAACUCAAUAGCUCCAAUUACAGCACAUACACACAGUACACGCGAAAAUUGCAUUAUCACGUCUUGUGGGUAGUAGCAACAGAGGUAGAAUAAUUACGUAGACAAUUCUGCCCAAGUGCGUUCUGCGCAUCGUGCAAUACGCUCUGCACCAGGUUAACUACAGUUAAGUUUAUGCAUGAACAAACCGGGGUGCAAAACUCCUGUGGGGGCAAUGCCAGGCUUUGUAGAUCGAAGGCUUGUGCACUUACAGCUCAUACCACACAGCAAUAGACAAACUUUGGACUCUAGAAUUUGGCGCCCUGAUUCGGCCAACCUGUAGAGCCUUUCCUGGCUGUAGAAAAUGCACGCAGAAUCGGGUACACGUUGAGGUAAUAAGCAAUUUCGAUGUUUACAACUUGGACUACAUCACCCUUCCCCUAAAAAAAUAUGAAACCCUCCCCCAGGCAAAAAUAAAAAGCAUCACCCUCCCCUAUUUUCCUCCGGGUACCAAUCACAAUUGCUAACCGUCCCUUUUGUAAUAGUUGACCGUCCGUCCUGGGUACACUUCAAGUUUGUCAUGAAGACUAAUCAAAAUUUGAUAGAAAACUUGAUUGCAAACAGUCUAGACUCCAGUGCAAUUAAAACUUUUUCGGCUGUGACAUAUUUUUUCUGAAAUAAUUUCUAAUGAACCGCAUUUCCCCCUUUUUUUCACGAAUAACCGAAUGAGUAAUUAUAUUUGAAAUGUACAUUUUUAAACGUAAUCAAGAACAUUAGUCAUUCUGACCCAUAAUUUUGAUCUGCACUCUUCUUUUUUGUUUAGUUCUUUUUUGUUUAGUAAUUUUUUCUAACUGUGCAUUUCUCCAUUAAGGUUGCGAGCACGAAAUUAAGACCAUUAGCCUUUAUGAGGAAAAAUGCGAGCGAAAAAUGUGUUCGUUCAUACUUCUAUAUAUUAGAUUUUAUUGAACAGAGUUUUCAGGCGGCCCAAUAUCGAAGGCUUUUAUUGGUUUCUCGGCGUUGCCUUAACGCACUGACCAUGCUGCAAAAUCUGCGAUUGGUGGUUGAUUUCUGUACAGUUCUGCUGUAGUCAUUGAAUAUAUCAUGGUCACUGCAGUUUUCCUAAUUAUAGUCUACAUACAGACUAUAAUUAGCACUUUUUUAUACGGCGAUUUAACAGCAACAAGUGUUCGUGUUUGUAUGUCCAUCCCACCAAUUCGCGCUCUGGCCAAUGACUCCGCUGGGGAGCCGUCGGACGCACGCGUUUAUUUUUAGAGUGUGCGUAAUUAAGUUUGUCCCUCCACUUAUCGUUACGUCACAACCUGUAACAUUAACCGUUUUUUUCUCUUUCCCUGGUGGAUUUAAAACAAAGGUGUCGGGUUGCUGCUGCGGCUAUAAAGGGAGAUAGGCAGACCCGGUGCACAGAACAACAAAGUCUGAAGGUGGUUAAAACAAUUGCCAAAAUGACAGUUAGCUCGGAGUCGUGUGAGAGUCUCAUGAGCUGUGAGCGCUUCUCCUCUCCUGGCUCCUCUCAUCUGUUCAACGCAGAAACGGAACGCAACAGGAGACUCUGCAAGAGGUUCAGGUCAACUAAAGGCGCGUCUAAAGCCAGAAGGGAUCAGAUCAAUGAGGAGAUCAGAAACAUGAGAGCUUUACUCCCCAUCAUCCAGGACGACCAGGAGAGAAUGUCCUACCUCCACAGCAUGGCUGUCAUCACAGCAUACAUCAGGACGAACCUUCUCUUCCAGGGACUCUCAACUUAUCAGAGCCAUCUUGCAUCCUCUUUCCCCUGCUCUGCUGUCUGUCCUCCUUACGAUUCCUUCCUCCCGGCACUGCAAGGUUUCAUUGUCGUCCUCUCCUCCCAGGGCAGGCUGGUCUACGUGUCGGAGAAUGUCUCUGAUUACCUGGGACUCUCUAUGGUUGAUGUUCUUCAGGGAGAUACCUUCUACGACAUGGUGGAGACACAGGACAUUGAGACUGUGAGGUCACACCUGGAUGUAGACAGCAUAACAUCAACUGAGAGGAGUUUUGUGUGUAGGAUGCACACCUCCAAGGCUUUCAGAUUACUGCAUGGCCACUGCUCCAUUCUGGUCCAAGGACGCUACCAGGAGGUUCUCCGACCCCCUUCCAUGUCCUCCCCAGGCCAGAGCCCCCCUCUGGAGACAGUGUUUGUAGGCCUGUGUACCCCCACAGUGAACCGCCUCCACAGCAGCACCUCCUCCAGCCGCUCCUCCUUUGACAGCCUCCACAAGCCAGACAUGAGCUUCACUGGCGUGGAUGACAGUGUUAUAUUUCACCUGGGGUACUCAUCAGAGGAGCUGAUUGGUCGAUCGUGGUACAGCCUCCUCCAUCCUGAAGACCUCCACUUAACUGCCUGCUCACAUAAGAGCCUGAUGCAGGCAGAUGAGGGCUGUCACACUGAACUGGUUUUCAGACUCCAACACAGUGACCUUACCUGGCCAUGGAUUUAUACGAGAGCCGCUAAGCAUUCUGCCAACCAGGAAGUGAGCUGCACCAACUACAUAAUCAGUGAAACAGAGGCCAUGUUUCUGAGACAGAUCCACAGCAACACCAUCAUACCCAGUCCUCCUCAGAUUCACUGCCCCUCCCCCUCUCCUCAGUUAGCCCAAGCCGUGGCCCUGAAGAGACCCAAUGCUUCCAGCCAGUCCAGCAGUGUACCUGGGAGAGAGAAGCCCAUGGCUGAGACCACCAGGACCUGCUCUCUGGAUGUCAUGAGCGACAGCCCUGCCUCAUUUUCCACUCCUCCCUACAGCCCUGCCUCUUAUAGCCCCUCCAACUCCUCCUGCUACUCCCCGAUAAGGCUGGAGGGGUCAGUCUUUCUACUCGGCCACACAGAGAUCCCCCAUGGACCUGUAACCUCCUCCCCUGACCAGGACAUCUUCAACCUGACCAACACCUUCUCUCCACAGUCCUGCCCUCCAUCUCCCCAUUGGGAUUUCCCAGCAUUCUCUGCUGAUGCCCGACUAGUCCCGGAGUGCUUGCCUGUUUCUGACAUGUUAGAGAGUUCAGCUGACUGUUCCAUCACUAUCCACACUGAAGACCUACCUGCAUACCUGUCAGCUCAACCACCAGAGGGCGCCACAAGUCCAUAUCACAUGCACCACCGUGUUCCCCAAGGCCUGUUGACCCCAAACCCCUCCCCAACCGCUGACCUGUCAUUUCACUAUAGUACAAGAGAACAGGCAGAGAUCAGCAUCCUAGCCCAGCAGAUCUCCUCUCUGGCUUCCAGCUUCGACAUGGGCCCUGUCCAGACCACAAGUCAGGCUGUGCCAAUGUUGGAGCCUGUUCCUUGGGCACUACAACAGGCUCAGUCCCCUGUCCUGGAUGAGGGAGUGUUUCAUAGUCUCCUGAAGGAUCUGGGCAUGGUUCAGGGCCCUGGGUGUCUGUCCCCCUGCUAUCUGUCCCAGGAUCCUUGCUCAACCACGGCUUUAUCUUCUCAAGGGGACCCUCUACCCAUGGAGCCAUCACCCCUGUCUCUUCCCCUCCCACUGGAGUACUCCCCUCUCUGUCUUUCCCUUCCCAUCGAGGGGUCCCACACAGCCCACAGCAGCGUGGAUCUCUGCACGAUGCGGACAGGAUGCCACGAUGACAUAUCUGAGUUGCAUCAACUCAACCACUACCUGCAGCACAGCCUUCAACAAGAUGGUCUUGUAGAAGAAUCCAUGUACUGAUUUGGGUCAAUAUAGACCUACAGUGCUACAGUACUAAGACUGGUAUGGCAUAUUGUCAUGACAACCAACCAAAAACUGUCAGAGGAAGCCAAAGAUGAAUUGGAAUUAAUACUAAAUUAAGUAUGAAGUAACUCCACAAUGAAGAAUAAAGUGCUCGUUAAAACUUUGGUAUAUCGUACUUUAAAUUGGAACCAUUUUCUGAAAUGUAUCAUAUUUUUGUACAUAUAUGAGAUGAACCUUCUCAAGUGCAUUGGACUGCUGAGAAACCUGUGUCACCACUAAAUUAAUGACAGUUUUGUUGUUGUGUUAAUGCCUAUAGACUGCUGUAUUUCUCCGGUAUUAUCAGUGUUCAUGAUGUUUUUUUCUGAUUCUGUUGGUCUGAUGGUACUGUUUACACAUAAAACACUGAUGAUCACAUAUGGGGAAUUAAUUUGUGUUGUGUGAAUGUUGAUGAUAAUGAACUACUGAGCACUUUGUUGAUGUUUUUGUGCUUUUUGAAAAAACAUGACAUGGUACGCUAAGCUUUACAGCUAGAAUCAUUUCACACACUAUUCCCUAUGUAGUACUCCUAUGUAGUUCACUACAUUUUACCAGGGUUCUUUGGGGAUAUAGGGUAGGAUUUGGGACAAAUCAUAGAUCUAAAUAGCAACUACCUCAGUAAAGGCACUGACUUGAUUCCCAACCUGAAGAUGCUGUUUAGGAUUCAUCUUUUUUAUUAAUGGAGAUUACUUGCUUAUAUAUUGUGUAAUUCAUGCAGUAACAUUCCUGUCCGUUGAUUGUAUGUUUAGUUUUUCUACUGAAAACAUUUUGU